UCUUAUUUCGGCAGCCAAAGUUUUCGAAACCAGGAAACCAAGGAACCAAACACCGUCUUCUUCAUCUGGCACAUGUAGUCCAGAUCGCACCGCACUAGCCUUUUAAAACCCCACCCAGCCGUCCUCAGUUCUCUCUCCCCCACGCUCCGCUCCCACACCAACGACACCCACCCGCUGCCGGCGAUGGCGGCGGCGGCGCACGGCGGAGGCGGAGGGGCGGAGUACUCGGUGCUGUUCCGGGAGGAGACGGGGUGGUACAACGAGAUCUUCCUCAGCGCGGUGGUGCCGGGCGACUGGUGGCGCGCGCUGCCGCACCCGCUGCAGUCGUGGCUGCGCAACGGCGUCGGCGCAUACCUCAUCUACUUCCUCACCGGCUUCCUCUGGUGCUUCGUCAUCUACUACUGGAAGCGCCACGCCUACAUCCCCAAAGAUUCUAUCCCCACAUUAGAAGCUAUGAAGAAGCAAAUAAUUGUUGCAUCAAAGGCUAUGCCUUUCUACUCUGCUCUUCCAACCAUAUCUGAGUACAUGAUUGAGAGUGGAUGGACGCGGUGUUUCUUUCAUAUCAGUGAAGUUGGUUGGCCAAUGUAUCUUGUCUACGUGGCUUUAUAUCUCACCUUUGUGGAGUUUGGAAUUUACUGGAUGCACAGAGAGUUGCAUGACAUAAAGCCAUUAUACAAGCACCUACAUGCAACCCACCACAUUUACAACAAGGAGAAUACCCUAUCACCAUUUGCGGGACUAGCAUUCCAUCCACUGGAUGGGAUUUUGCAAGCCAUACCACACGUGUUUGCUCUCUUCCUUGUCCCAACACAUUUCAGGACACACAUCGCUCUCUUAUUCCUGGAGGCUGUGUGGACGACUAACAUCCAUGACUGUAUCCACGGCAAGAUCUGGCCGGUGAUGGGUGCUGGUUACCACACCAUCCACCACACGACGUACCGCCACAACUAUGGCCACUACACUGUGUGGAUGGACUGGCUGUUUGGCACCCUUCGCGAGCCAGAGGAUAUCUUCAAGAAGGAUUGAGCUGCUCAAAACCAUGUGCUUUCUUUCGCGCCUGUGAAAUGUAGUAUAGCCUCAUCUGUUUGUUCCGCUUGGAGCUGCUUGUUGCACCCGCCUACUUUCGAGUGUCGAUGUGCCGUUUCAGUCUAGUAGGUGAAAAUAAUCAAUAUGGUUCGUAUGUAGGUCUGUUUCAUCUGGGAUUCCUGUGUUCCUCCUGUUGUGUUGUACCAUUUCAGCACAAUGAUGUGUGUUAUAUACAUAGGGUUUUAGUGCUUUUUAUCCACCCAAGUUAACUGUGCAGUUUCCCUUGCAA